AUGACUUCGACUUUCAUCGUUAGAUACUUUAACCCCAAUAUCUUCUUACUAAUCGCCAUAAUAUCAAUCAGCAUUGCCUUCAUCAAGCAUCCAGUGUACACGAAAUAUACGCGAACAGAUAUCAUUAACGAGGAAACAAGCCUGAACGAUCUCUUAGUUACGCCCACUCGUCCAGCACGCACUGAUAACACUCUGGACUAUGCAAGAUGCGCGGCGCUACAUAACAAGUUGGUCGAAUACGCUUGGGUAGCGGAAGGGCGCGAAAUAAGUGACUUGGAGCGACACUCGUUCUUCCAUCACUAUGGUAACCAAGCAAAUGAAAUCAGGAGACGACUUGAUCCUGCUCUUGUGACUUUCUUAGAAUCCAUCAUAGUAGCCGAGCAGCUGCCACCUUUUUUCUUCUGGGUUGAAGGCAUCUCACCGCCCGCUUCUAUGUUUGCUGAUGAUGAUACUCUAUAUUAUGAUGCAAUGAGUGAGCCCGGACGUUUUCUCAUUUUAUAUAACACAAAUCCGGGCUUGGUAGAACACGCGAUGGGUUUAAUAUACGACCAGCAACUCCAUUGUGCUACCAUGGCUCUCGGAAUUGAGGAUAUCGACUUCACCCAACCAGUUGAGAGACAUCGUCAGCUGUGGCAUCCGCUUGAGACGAUACUCAGCAACUGGUGGCACAUGGUUCAAAUAGGCAAGAUCACAGCUUCUCGGGACGGUGCACCUAAUGAGAAGCAUGGCCCCUGGGUCUGGCAUUCCUACGGUCCGACGCAAGUAGUUAGUGCAAUUGCCUCAUUCGAACGACUUGCAAAAGCUAUUGAAUACCGUAUCUCACCUGACAAACUCUUACCUAUUUCCAACGAGCCCUUGCUCAGUCACACUGACCUAGAUGAAGCCUCUGUUCCGAAUCCAUGCUUCAUUCGCUCAUUCCUAUCAAGUGUUCGCCGACCACGAUUUGACCGAAUUGCUCCAGGUUUAGCUAUUCCUCAUAACCCAACCGUGUUUGCAGCCAAUCAAAGGUACACCACUAUAAAUAUUAGCUCUGAGCACAGUACCAUCAUUCCACCUGUCCUUAUCUUCGCAUCGGUGGAGAGGCGGAUCGUGAGUUUAACAUCUACCAAUUCCUACGUCUCGUUCAAUCCAUUCUGUCCGGCAUCUAGCAAGGACAUGCCCUUAGAUGGUCAGUCGAUCCUCUCCGGACUCUACUCGGAAUCUGUAGAACGUUUCUCUGGAGACAAUGCUGAAGAGGGCUUCCGGCUCUUGCUUCCAUUUCCUCUUCGUGUCCUUGGCGAAGAGCAUGGCGCAAGGAAGAGCGAUAUGAACCUAGUAGAAAAGAAAAGUGUAGCGGAUCUGUUCCAGCACGGCUUUAAACCGUUUGGAGGCGAGUGGUGGCGGGCACAGAGUGGCAUCGAAGGGAAUAUAGAUAUAUUUAAAGAGGCAGAUAGAGGCCGAUGGGCAGAUUAUCGCAUUGGCCCUAGUUGGUAA